GAAGCUGUAUAAAAGGUGAUGUCAAGGACAUCUCAUUCCUCUUCUAAAACCAUUAAUUGACCUCUCAAAACACCAUUGUUCCAUAUCUAUACUCAAAUAUCGAGAAUGAAGGCCCUCGUCUACGCCGGUAAUGGCUCCGUUACCCUCCAAGAUCGUCCUCUCCCCAAGAUCGCUUCACCAACAGAUGCAAUCAUCAAAGUCACCAAGACCACCAUCUGCGGAACUGAUCUGCACAUCCGAAAAGGAGAUGUCGCUACCUGCGAGCCAGGAAGAGUUCUAGGCCACGAAGGCGUGGGCAUCGUCCAUUCCGCAGGUGCAUCUGUCGCACGCUUCAAAGAGGGUGAUAGAGUUCUAAUUUCUUGCAUCUCAAGCUGCGCGACCUGCGAGUACUGCCGCAGGGGAAUGUAUAGCCAUUGUACUUCUGGAGGUUGGAUUCUUGGCAACACCAUCGAUGGAACUCAAGCUGAAUAUGUCCGCAUUCCCCAUGCUGACUCGAGUCUCCACCCUAUUCCCGAUGGGGCAGAUGAGGCUGCUUUGGUGAUGGUCAGCGACAUUUUCCCAACUGGUCUUGAAGUUGGUGUUCUCAGUGGCAAAGUCCAACCUGGAGGGACUGUAGUAGUUGUCGGCGCUGGACCGGUUGGCUUGGCUGCUAUUGUCACUGCCCAGCUAUACUCACCAUCCAAGAUCAUUGCGGUCGAUAUGGACAAUGCCAGACUUGAUGUUGCCAAGAAGCUCGGCGCAACUGAUUCGGUCGUCAGCGGUCAAGACGCUGUUGCCCAAGUGAUGAAAUUGACAGAUGGGAAAGGUUGCGAUACCGUCAUUGAGGCUGUUGGUAUCCCCGCUACUUUUGAGCUCUGUCAAAAGCUCAUCGCCGUUGGGGGCGUGUUGGCAAACGUUGGUGUGCAUGGUACCAAAGUGGACCUCCACCUUCAGGACCUAUGGAUCAAGAACAUCUCGAUCACUACUCAGCUUGUGGAUACUGUUACUACCCCCAUGCUUCUCAAGCUAGUGCAAUCUGGCAAACUGCAACCCUCGCAGCUGAUCACUCAUAAUUUCAAGCUGAGCGAUGUUGAGAAUGCUUACAAGACAUUUGGCGAGGCAUCAAAGCAUAACGCUCUGAAAGUGCUUAUUGAGGUAGAUUAAAUAGAGAUUCUAGAGAACACACAUGGCCAUUAUUCUAAGUUUCACUUCCAUCGAAUAAAGAGUGGUUGUCAAAGACUAAGCCCACUUUCCAACCAGAGCCAUAAUUCCAGCACCCAGGAAGAGGCAGACGAUCAUAAAUCCCAGCCUGACCUUGUCGUUCGUUCUCUCACGAUUGAAGAGAAAGUCCCUAGCAAUCAUCUCCACAAAUCCAGUAUAAAUGAGAAUGCCAGCAGAAAUAGAGUCAAAGAUACCGUUGACCGUGUUUGCAGUGAAGGAUGAGUUAUCGUACGUCUUUCGGAUACCGAGACCAAUUGCAAUGGCAAUAGGUGUUGUCAGACCGUAAGCGAGACAGAGGAGCCAGGGCAUACUGCGAAGUCGGUUGGGGAAAGGGAUGGCACUAAGUCUGGCGCCGAUACCAAGGCCUUCGAAGGAUUGGUGGA